AUGGCUCCAGACGAGGCCGCAUCACACCUGUUCCACGGCCGCAUCACCGUGCGCAUCAAGGACUUCACCGGACAGGUGCCCGAGGGCCAGGAGCGCCAGAGCGAGACAAAGUACUUUGACGCGGGUCAUGCGCACGGCUGCACGUGGAGCAUCCAGAUCCAGGGCCGCUUCCUUAAGGAGGUCAGCGCCGACGACCUGGUGUGGGGCAACCAGUUUGAGAAGCCGAUCCGCGACCGCCUGCCGUGGGGCACGUCGACGGCACUGAAGGCCAUCUCGUAUCUGGAUCCCAGCCUCAAGCAGGACAUCUAUGCCGACCGCCCUUGGGCCUUCUCGCCCCUCAUCGCCACAAUGACACGCAUCAACUACAAGCGCGUGCCGGAUGCUGCGUCGGCGUCAUCCGCCGAGGAGGCAUUCAAGAAACCAGAUUGGCCUGCGUUCCCGUCCGGCGCGGCAGGAGACGGUAGCUAUGUGCACGACGACACGUCGCCGCUGCUGCUCAAGGCCGGCACGAACGAGGUGGACCCGAAGGUGGAGCAUGCGGCAGACCUCAGCAUUGUUCGCGAGCUGCGCGGCGGUGACGACGGCAAUGCACACGCACACACCAAGCGUGUAUCAUUCUGGAAGGAGGAGCACCGGGAGCUCGUCUCGGUCGGCGGCGGCGACCUGGUGACGACGGCGUGCUUCGACCAGGGCUACCUGGACUUCAACACACUGCGACUGGAGCUGCCGUACACUGGCGGCAUGGGCUUCGACCUCAAGAAGUACUGGGACGGACAGCCUGUGCGCUUCUACUGCAAGAACAACAAAACCGACGAGGUCGCCUUUGUCGUCGAGUUCCAGAUCGAGUCGCUCGACGCCUAA